CAGAGGCAGGAGGCGGCCUCGAUGGCGAUGGCGACGGCAACGGCGAUUGGUGAUGGCAACGGCGACGCAGGUCAUUUUGGAGAAGUAGACAAAGUUCGGGUAGCAAACCAGACCAAUGCUGAGGUGUACAAUGGACGGAUUUGCGAGCUGACGUGAAAAUCCCAUGACAGAUUAGCAAGCAUCGGGCUGCAAUACAAAUUAGGCAUUAAAGGUUCAGGUACUCUAAAACAAGGCUCAGAAAAUGUUCGAAGCCAGGAAUGAGAAAGCCAGUGAUUUUGUUGAUGCAAGUACAUCUCUGCCUGUUAAGCUUGAGGCCAGCUGCGUUGCGGUACUGGUACACCCCAUUGUCGAGGUGUUGAAGGCUGAAGAGCAGCCAUUGCACUCCACCAAUGAGGAGACAUCCGAUGAGUUCUUGGAUGCAAAUUCAUCUGUACCUAUUGACCUCGAGGCCAAGAACAAUGAUGCAUCCUUCAUUACAGAGGUGAUGACGAAGGAGGAAGAGCAGCUAUAUGAGGCUCGGCUUAAGGUAGAGGAAGAAGAGGCUAGAAAGAGAGAACAAGCGGCAAGACUUGCUUUAGAUCCUAAUGCAUGCUUUAGCAAGUUGGAUGAGCUGCUGACAGAGACACAGCUUUAUUCAGAAUUUCUACUUGAAAAGAUGGCGCAAAUAACAGAUAAUUUUCUUGAAGUUAAAGAUGAAGAGGGGUCUGUGGAAGACAAGAAGAAAGGAUGUGGCAGAAAGAGGAAAGUAAAUUCUAAGCCACAAUACAAUGAUAAGAAGGCUAAGACAGCAGUGGCUGCAAUGCUCACAAGAUCGCGCGAAUAUCGUUCUGCUUAUGAUGACACUCUCACAGAAGAAGAAAGAUGGGAAAAAGAGCAAGCCAACCUUGUACCAUUAAUGACUGGUGGACAGUUGAAAUCUUACCAGAUAAAGGGUGUGAAGUGGCUAAUAUCACUGUGGCAGAAUGGGCUAAAUGGGAUACUAGCUGAUCAAAUGGGCCUUGGGAAAACAAUCCAGACAAUUGGAUUUCUUACCCAUCUUAAAGGGAAUGGUAUGCACGGUCCUUACAUGAUAAUUGCUCCUCUUUCCACCCUCUCAAACUGGGUGAAUGAAAUCUCAAGGUUUGUUCCAUCUCUUACUGGGCUGAUUUACCAUGGGGAUAAAGUGGCUCGGGCAGAGAUAAGGAGAAAAUUCAGGCCCAAAACUGUUGGCCCUGAUUUCCCGAUAAUAAUUACUUCAUAUGAGAUGGCCAUGUCAGAUGCAAAAUAUCUUGCUCGUUAUAAGUGGAAAUAUGUUGUUGUGGAUGAGGGACAUCGGUUGAAAAAUUCUAAAUGUAAAUUAUUGAGAAAGUUAAAGCGCAUACCAAUGGCCAAUAAACUCCUUUUGACUGGGACACCUCUUCAGAAUAACCUGGCAGAGUUGUGGUCGUUGUUGAAUUUCAUUUUGCCUGAUAUAUUCUCGUCCCAUCAGGAAUUUGAGUCAUGGUUUGAUUUUUCUGGGAAAGGAGACGAGGAGCAGCAGGAAGAAGCUGAUGAGAAGAAAAGAGUUCUUGUUAUUUCAAAGCUUCAUGCCAUUUUGCGUCCAUUCCUUUUAAGACGGAUGAAGAUGGAUGUGGAGCAGAUGCUUCCACGGAAGAAAGAGAUAAUCAUUUAUGCUAACAUGACUGCACAUCAGAAGCAAAUCCAGACUCACUUGAUUGAAAAAACAUUUGACAACUACUUGCUUGAGAGCACAGACAUAGUGUUGCGGAGACCUGGCCUGAAGAUGAAGCUAAAUAACCUAAUGAUUCAGCUGAGGAAGAACUGUGCCCAUCCUGAUCUUUUCAAUGCUGCAUUUGACUCAACAAGCCUUUAUCCACCUACCGAUAAGCUUCUGGAACAAUGUGGUAAAUUUCAGCUGUUGGACAGGUUACUGGAAUCCCUACUCAAACAAAAGCACAAGGUUCUAAUAUUUUCACAGUGGACAAAAGUUUUGGAUAUAAUUGAAUAUUAUUUGUAUAUGAAAGGCCUGAAUAUUUGCCGAAUUGAUGGUAGUGUUAAAUUGGAAGACAGGAUGAGACAGAUAGCAGAGUUUAAUGACUUGAACAGCAGUAUGAAUGUCUUUAUUCUAAGCACACGUGCUGGUGGGCUUGGCAUCAAUCUUGCUUCUGCUGAUACAUGUAUCCUGUAUGACAGUGACUGGAAUCCUCAGAUGGAUUCGCAGGCCAUGGAUCGAUGCCACCGGAUUGGUCAAACACGCCCAUUGCAUGUUUAUCGGUUGGCAACAGCCAACUCUGUUGAGGGACGUAUUAUCAAGAGAGCUUUUGGAAAGCUGAAGCUGGAGCACGUUGUGAUUGGGAAGGGACAGUUUGAACAGAAUAGCGCGAAGCCUAACGUCUUUAGAUGAGGAGGAGCUGCUUGCGCUGCUGAGGGACGAGCAGGACGAGGAAGACAGGAUGAUCCAGACCGACAUCAGCGACGAGGACCUUCUGAAGGUGAUGGACCGGAGCGACCUCACCGGCCCGCCUGCCGCCGCCGAUGCCACCCCUCUUAUCCCCCUGAAAGGGCCUGGCUGGGAGGUCGUGAUGGCCUCCAAGAGCGGUGGCGGCGUGCUCUCGGCGCUCACCAGCUGAGCCCUGCCCCGGCCUAGCAGUGACGGCGCCCUCGGCAUUUCGGGUGAUUCGGCUUGGUCACCGCUAACCAGCUGAUGUUUGGCGAAACACUAUCCGCCGAAGUAAUUAUUGACCUCAUGGCAUAUGUGAUACAGGAUGUGGUAACCUAUCUCGAAAAGAAUCCAAAAGUAAGUAAUUAUUGACUGGGCGUUGCACCCGUAGAUUAGGUGCUCUAAGUAACUUGAGCUCGCACCUUCUUCCCCAUUUGCUUUGGGUCAGCAUUCAGCAGGCUAUGUAAGACUGUUAUGGUAGUCUAUGCUGAAGGAGGUUGGAAGUGUGCUGCCA